ACCUCUAUGGAAACCUACUCGAGCUUUGCGAAAUACUACAAGACAUCAUGUUGGAGCGAUCGGUAAUUUUCAAGACACAUUUGGGGAUUCUAGAACGUUUCGAUUGUAACAUCUAAUUCUUCCAUGGCUUCUAAAGAGCUGGUGUUUGAGAAAAACUCGAGUAGCGACAAAAUCAAGGAAAGUCUUCAAGAAAAUCAAGAUGCUACAGAGUUGAUUUUCAAAAACUGCCAAGCACUUUCUUUAGACAAUGUUGAAUCUUUCUUGGAAGAUAUAAACUCUGAUUUAGAUGCACUCACUAUUCACAACUGUCAGUUAUUUGAUGAUGAAUGUGCAGCCAAGAUCUCAGAACAUUGCACAAAGCUCUCAAGAAUUUCCUUUACUGGAUGCUGUAAGGUGCUCACAUCUGUUGGCAUUUCUUCAUUUAUCAAAAACUGUCCAAACCUGAAAUGUGUGACUAUUAUGUCCACAGAGAGUGAUGAUGAUAAUGACAGUAAUAAUAAUGAUGAUGAGAGGAGCUGGACUCUUGGUGAUGAUCUUUUUGCAUCAUUUCUUCAAAGAACAGAUUUGAUUCUGGAACAAUUUGCCCUUAGUGGGUUUGAGAAUGUUACAACAAAUGCUCUGAAGCACUUCUUGGAGCAUGUUGGGUCAAAUAUAAAAGUUUUAGAUCUGAGUGAACUUCAAGCAAUUACAGAUGAAGUUAUAGAGAAAGUAGUUGACACCUGCCCAAGUUUAGAGGAUGUGUGUUUGAGCCAUUGCAAGUUGACUGAUCAAGGAAUCAAUAGAUUUUGUGCCAAAUGCAGGGCACUUCAAUCAGUGAACUUUAGUGGCUGUCAAGACAUCACAGAUGAUUCAGUUAUUGCUCUUUCUACAAACUGUUCCUCACUGAGAAAAGUACAGUUAAGUUGGUGUGUGAAAUUAACUGAAAAAUCAUUAGAUGCAUUGGUAACAAACUGCCAAGACUUGACAUUUGUCGACAUGUCACAGUGCACAAUUAGACAUUUACCAUUUGAAAUUUUAGAGCAUUUUUCACUUCAGGAAAUCAAAGUUGAAGGAUGCAAAGGUCUCAGAUGUCCACCUUUAGAUAUUGCAAACAAAGGACUUGAAUCUUGUCGGCAAUUUCUGAAGAAGUGUAAUUUACAAUCCUUGUGUCGAAUGACAUUCCUUGGAAAUCAAGGGAGUGGUAAAACAAGUUUGAUGUUGAGUCUUCCCACAAUGUCACAGUCAGUUGCUGAUACUUCAACAGAAGGGGUUCAUGUUGGAACUUGGAGGCCAUUUAAGAGUGGCAAAGAGUCCAUCGAUCUUGGGACAGAUAUUCAGAAAAAGAUGUUGUCACUCACUGUUGAUAUGUGGGACUGUGGAGGACGAACAUGUCUUCAAGGUGUCCAUCCACUCUUUCUUUGUGAGCAGGCAUUGUAUGCCAUUGUGUUUGAUAUUCAUGAUCCAUUUAAACUGGAAUCUGUUGUAUCAUGGAUGUUACUCAUGCGAUCAAAGGCACCCACUUCACCAUUUAUUGUGGUUGGAACACAUGCUGACGAUGCUGAUGAUCGGCAAGAGCUUAGCAAGCAAGUGAUCCAGGCUGUCAAGAAGGCAGACUCCCAAUGCCGACAAGAAUACCAAGCUGAAAUAGACACGUUGAGGGAUCUAGGACAGGAGAAAUGUGUGGAGUCAAGAGUAAACAGACUGCAAAACUUGGUUGAAAACUGGUCCAAACUACCAGAAAAUGUGUACUUUGUUAGUACAUUGAAGGGAAAAGGCAUGCUAGAACUUCAGCAUGCAAUUAGUGAAACGCUGCUGGAUGGCCAGCUGUUUCCACACCUGGCAGAAGAGAUCAGCAACAGUAUUGUAUACCUCUACAGUUCAAUUCUUCAGUUGCGUGAAAACAAUUCAGUGCUGCUGUCUUGGGAUCACUACCUUCAGGUAGCAUCAGAUGCAGGGGUCACAGAUGCUGACAUUGAACAAACCACAGCUGUGUUAGAGUAUAAGGGUUGCAUUCUAGUUCUCAACAUCCCAUCGUCUCAGCACACCCAGGGUCCUUCCAAGAUUGUCUGUGUGAACCCAAGUGCUCUUUUGAACUGCAUGGCAGGGGUCCUCUGUGAAACAGACCCACGUGAGUAUGUACCUCAGUUUGUCAAGGCUGGAAAAGUUGAGAAGUUCUGGCCAACCGGCGCCCGGCCUAAUGAAUGGACACUGAGAGCAGCCAUUGAUGAUAUUGUAACUAAAGGACUCGUGCGGGAGUCUGUGGUACCCUUAUGUUUCCAGAUACCAUCAUUACUGGACGAGGAAGAGCUGCAGAAUAUUAUCUCCUUAUUAAGAAGCCUUGGUUUCCUCGUGGAAGGCGCUCCUAAAGGAAAUUAUGAUGUGGAACUUGUCAUGUCACAGUACAAAUCGUGUUCAGUUUUCAAGAGAUAUUACGUUCCACUUAUGACCAAGCUUCCAGAAGAAUUAAAGGAUACCACUGUCUGGCCCAGUUCCCCCCCUGACGGCACUAUCCAAGUUGGCUGGCGUUACAAAUUUCGCGAUCUCGUGACUGUUGAUUGUACCAAGAUGCUAAUAGGCGCAUGCGCAAACUUGAAGCCCUCUUGUGAAGUCUGUGCCUAUUGGAAUUCUGGGGUAAUUUUAAAAGUUGGUCCCGUGACCGUGCGAAUGUCACGGAACAACUCAACUCUGGACGUGAUUGGCCGAUGUAAAGUGACCAAUGGGAGCAAGCAGGCGCUUAACAUGAUGUGGUUUGUUUUGGCAAAGUUUUUCUACGGCAUAGAAACCUUGUUGAUGAACUUCAAGGGAGUUUGCCCAAUGGUACUUGUGCCCAUUAUUGGCUGUAACAGACCAAAGCACAAACCACUGUAUGAGCUUGUGAGUGAUUACAAUUCACAGCUGAGUCAUCAUACCAACUACCGCUGGUUCAUUCCUCCUGCAGCUCUGGAUGCGGAGGAACACGCAGAAAUCCCGUCAGAUACUGUUAGUUGGCUGGCAAACAUUGCAUGUAAAUCCUUGUUGUACAUCAGUUAUCAUGCGGACCAACAACAUGAAGUCAAACUUCUAAAGCAGUCUUUAGACUUAGCAGGAUUCGAUUGCGUGGGGGACUGGAUAUUAGCGGGAAAGACAGGCCAGGAGCUGAAUGAGAAGCGACGGAACCUGAUCGCUGGCUCAUCAUUAUUCCUUGCAUUUAUCACUCCUCAAUAUCUUGGCUGGUGUCGUGCAUCACAGGAAGUGAACAAGGCCUUGUCUCAUACCAAGCCUCUCGUCUCUGUCCUUUUUGAUAAAUCCACGUGGGACUCUGAGGGGAAUGAAUUAGGAGCUCUGUUGAAGAACCGCGGAGUGUGCUUGGAUUUGAGUGCCGGCUCAGGAAGUGCCCUCUCGCACCAGUACAAUCAGGGACAAGUUAACGAGCUUAUUAGCCAUUGUUACGGGGUGCUUUACGGUACCGGUGACAUUCACCCUCCAGAGCCUCCCCGGACCCCGGAACACGAGACACAGGUUUUAAAUAACGCUAAUCUGGAAUCGUCGACGACUGUCGACAUACGAACAGACACGGCAGCCACAAAAGCGAAGAAAAGCGUCGAAUUCUCCGACCUCCAAACGACGAAAACGGAAAAAGCCACCAAAGACUGUGAACUUGACGACCAAAUCAGGCGCAUGGCCGCCAGUGCGGUUGCCGCAGCGAUAGCGGGCGCCACGGCGAAGCAAAUCGCCAACUCGAAGCAUUCUACGCCCGCAAUUAAAGCGGCGUCUGCUGCGGCGGAAGUGGCGCAAGCUGUUGUAGAUGGUAAAAGUGACGCGGCAGCUCAGGCGGUGACGAAAGUGGCGAAGAUAGUCGAAGAUGAGACGUCUAGAGUGAACACUACGUCGACUCAAAAUGGCUCGGCGACCAGGCCUGCUCCCAAGAGUACGACCUGCGUGUUACUGUAGCGACCAAUGAACUGUCCCUGUGCUCCAGAUCUUAUCUGGUAAUUGUGAUUGUGAGGAUCUAGGUCCGACAGAUAGUCGCCAUUGCAUGAGCUCUUGAAGAAUAACUGCUACAAAUAUAGUGGCAAUUUGGAAAAUAUUAAUUAAUCGUCGAUGGAUGAGUUGAUGAAAAAGUUUUGCUGUAGAUGUGCUGGUAAAGUUUCGUGAAACAGUGAAUCUGCGGAGUGCGAAACGUUUUCCGCGUGUAAUUUUUGAAAUUUUG